AUGCUUCUGUUGUUAAUCGAAUUGGCCUUACAGGUCACUGCUGUGGCAGCGCAAGUCGGUGAUUCUUCACCCUUCUUAUUCAGGUCUAAGGGCAACCCGAUCUUAUCCAACGGGUUGUGGUACUCUGGGGACCCUGCCCCUUUGGUCGUCAAUGGCACGCUUUAUAUCAUCACCGGACGUGAUAGCGCACCGUCCAAUGAAUAUGCCUUCGUGAUGAACCAAUGGGGGAUGUUUGCCUCGUCGUCCGCGAAGCCCGAAGGGGGCGAGUGGACCUUGUAUCCCGACAUUGCCGACCCCCAGGAGCUAUUCGCCUGGGCUGAAUCCGGUAGUGCAUAUGCCGCGCAAGUUGUGCAGGGUCCUGAUAGCCGAUUCUACAUGUACGCCCCGGUUACUCAAGCCGAGAGCACUAACCAAGAUACCUUCGCGAUCGGCGUUGCCGUCUCGGACGCCCCGACUGGCCCCUUCCAGGACGCCCACCCUUCAGGGCCGAUCUUCUCACAGUCUGUGCCACCACCGGGCAAUACGAUUCAGAAUAUCGAUCCCACCGUCCUGGUUGAUGACGACGGGCAAGUGUAUAUCUACUUUGGAACUUUUGGGCAGCUUCUCGGAUAUCAACUUGACUCCGAUAUGGUCACGGUGAAAUCGAAUGUGACGCAAGUCACUAGCCUGACGGGAUACUUUGAGGCACCCUGGUUGAUGAAGCGACACAGUAUCUACUACAUGCUCUUUGCAGCGAACAAUGCUGCACUGGAUUCUCCUUGUACCCCGACCUCAUACCACGCGUGUAUAGCGUACGGAACCGCGUCCUCCCCCAUGGGCCCUUGGACAUUCCAAGAUGUAAUCCUUCCGAUUGUAUCCUCCACCACUUCUCAUCCUGGCGCUGUCGAGUGGAAUGGUGAAUGGUAUUUGGUGUACCACACUGCGGACGCGGUGGGAGGAGGCCAUUUCCGGCGGAGUGUUGCCUUUGACAAGCUCGCCUGGGAUGAUAGUCAAACCCCUGCUAGGAUAGAUGUGAUUCAACAAACCCUUGAACCCAGGUCACCGGCUCCGCCUACAUAUAACGUGGCACCCCAAGCGGUAGCAAGUUCUAUAAAUCCGACUCCUAUUCAAUACUGGGUAAAGGCCUUGAAUGAUGGGGUGGUCCGUGAGAACCCUCUCCCACCUGAUUACUGGUGCUCCUACGACGCGGCGAACUCCCCCGAGAUCAGCACGCUCGUUUAUAUUUGGAAUGAGACGGUGCAGCUGAAUGGGGCAUCCAUGGUAUUUUUCGCCGAUCAACCUGCCGGAGCGGACGUGGGCGUUGCUCCUCCUCAGGAAUGGUAUAUCGAGUACAAGGACAACUCGGACACGUGGCAACGGGCCAUGAACACCUCGUUGUAUCCCCUAGAAGUGAUUGAUAAACCGGAAAGAGUGACAUUCGAGACGGUGUAUACUAGUGCGAUACGCGCAAUUUUAGUUGCCUCUGGUGCUAAGGGGCAAUAUGCUGGUGUUGGCGUGAAGGAGUGGGAGGCGUUGUCAACCACUCUGCACUUGUAUUGA